AUGGAGACUCAGACCGCCACGCCGCAAUCUGAGUGCGAGUGUGGGGUGCACCCUUCCGUGUUCUAUCUUCUGGCCACACUCUUACUCACAAGCUGUUCAACCGCUAUGCUAUGUGCGGCCAUCAUGACAGAGCACUGGGAGCACGUAUCCUGGGAGAAGGCCGCUCUGGCCGCACUCGCCAACGCCUCUAACACCGCACUGCAGUGGCUCUUAGAUGAGAAAGUCGUUAAAGUAAGAUAUAAACAUUCUCGGAAAGGCGGUGGUACAUUUUUAGUGCCGAUGAACGGAGGUAUUUGGACCAUGUGCGUCUCUUUGAAAGAAGAAGAAGUUUCAAUUCUGUCCAGAGCCGGAUUUCCAAAAGAGCCGCUGUGCACAAAUUAUUUGGCUGAUGAUGAAGAUGAUGAACAGAGAGGAGAUUGGCAACAUCGUAUGCAGAACCUAUCAAUAUCUUGCGCAUUGGUGUGUCUCAUCGUGUUGGGCAGCGCGGCGCUAGUCGGCGCUUUCGGAGUCUGCAAACAUCAAAUAAGCGCUGUGCUCAUUACUGGUGUCAUGUACCUUUUAGCUGGACUAUUCGCAAUGUUCACAUUAAUGAUAAUACAUUUCAAGCGUGUUCAACGAGUAUCAACACGCAGCAGUUCCCAUGGCGACGACACUGCAGACGGCGUUAUAGGCCCAAGAUACCCCGCUCUUCCGUUACUUUCCGCCAGAGAGUUCACAACCUCGUGGUCGCUAGAGCUUGGCUGGGGGGGCGUGGCACUGGCGACCACUACGUCCCUACUGUGGAUAUUGUUAUCGAAAAUAAUGAGAUACAACCCUAUAUCAUCAAUGUUAUUGUGAAUUUGCGUGGUUAUUGUGCGUUUACACGGCGGGACUUCGGAUGA